AUGCCAGAGCCCGUGGUGGAGAAGACGUGCGAGGCCCUGUGUCGAUCGCUGGUGGCCCACAACGGACUGCAGCCCGAGAGCGCCGACAUCUCCCGCUCCGUCGUCUACACCUCCCUCAUGGGCCUGCUACUCGUGGCCGACAAGAAGGCAGACAUUCCCCUGGGAAGUGGGCAAGUUGGUCUCCGGAACAUCGGAAACACAUGUUUCCUUAAUGCGGUGGUCCAGUGUCUGUCUCAUACCCGUGGUCUGCGAGACUACUGUCUCACCAAGGCCUACCUCCAAGAGAAGCACUCCAAGCAGGAACCAGUCCUCAUGAAUGCGUUCACUCAUGUGCUGUCUGGCCUGUGGGAUGUUCAGGGCCAGGACUGUGUGAAUCCUGGCAGGUUCUACAGCGCCUUCAAGGACGCCGUGCCUUACUUCAGUGGCUACAGUCAGCAAGAUGCCCAGGAGUUCCUGCGUUUUUUGCUGGACAGGCUGCACACAGAGAUCAAUCGCAGGCCCGCCAAAUGCCCACCCUCAGAAACAACUGAGACCAAACACAAAACCAUCAGACUGGCUGAGCAGGCUGCCGCCAUGUGGAAAAAGCAUCUGGAGAGGGAUGACAGCAGGAUCGUUGAUCUGUUCUCAGGUCAGCUUCGCAGCUCGCUACACUGCUCCGUCUGCUCACAUUACUCCAACACAUUUGACGUUUUCUGUGACCUGUCCCUACCUAUUCCCAAGAGGAGUGGAGACACGGUGUCACUCAAGGAGUGCCUCGACCUGUUCUCACAAGUGGAAAAGCUCGACGCAGAGAACGCACCGUUGUGUGAGCGGUGUCGUCGGAGGACAGAGAGCACCAAAAGGCUGACCAUUCAGAGGUUCCCCAAAGUCAUCGUCAUACAUCUAAAUCGGUUCACCACAUCGAGGUACUCCAUCAGCAAAAGCACAGUCUGUGUGACUUUCCCAAUAAACCACCUGGACCUGGGUCCAUACGGGCCUGUGGACUGUGGGCCAGUGCUGUAUAAACUCUAUGCAGUCUGCUACCACUCGGGGACUGUCAACAUGGGUCACUACACCGCCUGCUGCCGGGAUGAAGAUGGCUGGUGGUACUACAAUGACUCCAGUGUGCAACAGGUUCCUGAGGAUCAGCUCCAGUCCAGUCAGGCCUACGUGCUCUUCUACCAGUUAGACUCCAACGCCAUCAGGAAAUAA